UAUACUACAUACUACUCUACUAUCCCGAUCACUUCCUGUUCCUCCCUCGCUACUUGAGGAUCUAGUUAGUCGUCCCGGGUGCACUGUGAGCAUCGAACCCGGAUCUCUAUUCACGCCAUUAUCUGCAUUCCCCGAUCAUCGACGAUGUUGUCAGCCUGGAUCAAGACCCUCGGGGCUUGGCUCCUGUUGGCCUCGAUGGCCCACGCCCAAUUCCAAUUCUUUGAGCACAUGUUCGGAGGCGGCGGUGGCGGAGGAGGAGGCGGUCGUCAGGGACAUCAACAGGCUUCUCAGAAUGUCCCAAGCGACAGCUCUCGGUAUCAGAAUUCAUGGGAAUCAGCCACCUGUGAUAAAUAUCUCUGCCCUGGAACUCUUGCGUGCGUCCAUUUCCCGCAUCACUGCCCAUGCCCUCACUCGGACGUCGAAGAGAAGGUCGAACUCGGCGAAGGAAGCGCCGUCUGCAUCUCGAGAGGCGGAUAUGAGCUUGGGGAAGCUUCACGGAAAAUCGAGCUGGCUCGGAAGGGACUUUUGUGAUUGUGUCUGGAGCGAUUACGAGAAUUCGUCGAGACCAGUGUUUAUGGGCAUCGUUGUACUGAGUAUGUUUAUCUUGGAUUCGUCCUGAAACAAGUGGUGUUUGGAUAGCAAAUGAUUAUUGUAUAACGGCUCAGACACUUUGGG